GCAUCCUCCGGUGGCUGCAUCCACCUGAAGAUUUCUGAGACAAUUCCCAUCAUACCAGCGGUGGCAGCGCAGCACUUGGAAUCAAUCAGAGAGAGAGAGGGAGAGAGAGGGAGGGAGAUAGAGAGAAAGAGAGAGGGAGAGAGAAAGAGAGAAGGAGGGAGAGAGAGAGGACAGCGUCGGCGGCUCUGCAGUGGAAUACGCGCUUAUUUGAGGAAGGCUUGGAGCGAGAUUGCGUUUUUAGGACUCUAUGAACGGGAUUUUUGUAAAAAUGUAACUCCUGGGCUCUUCUCACUUCACAAAACGCCUCACUCAAAUCUCCUGACAGCCCAAGAAAAAAAGAGAAUAACAUCUGUUUAUCUGCAAACUUCUAUGUUCAAGAAACAAGAGGAGAAAACAGAGACUGACAGAGGACAAAUGAGAUCUCAGAGGAUGUGGAAUUAGAGGAAACAAAUUGAUACUGGAGGACCGAAGGGGAAAUAAACCACAAAUCCACCAGUGUGGAGUCACCUCACCUGUAUCUUCGGAUUAAAGAGCAGGGUCAUGUCCCAGUUGCCAUGCGCAACGCCACGUUGACCUGCCUUCCCGGCCCUUCCCCCUUCCUCUUUUUAUUGGUCCAUCUGCUCCUGCGGCUCCUUCUCAUCCUCCACGGGCCGGAGUUAGCGGGAGCCUCCUCCACCUGCCCUUCCCUCUGCACGUGCUCCAACCAGGCCAGCCGAGUCAUCUGCACCAGGCAGAACCUGGAUCAGGUGCCUGAAAGCAUAUCAGUCAACACACGAUACCUCAACCUGCAGGAAAAUUCGAUACAGGUCAUCAGAUCUGACACCUUCAAGCAGCUGAGACACCUUGAAAUCCUCCAGCUUUCCAAGAAUCAGAUACGACAGAUUGAAAUCGGAGCAUUCAAUGGCCUCCCCAACCUCAACACGCUGGAGCUCUUUGACAACCGGCUCACGUUGGUGCCAACACAGGCCUUUGAUUACCUCAGCAAGCUACGAGAGCUGUGGCUGCGCAACAACCCCAUUGAGACCCUCCCGAGUUAUGCCUUCAACCGUGUGCCCUCCCUGCGUCGCUUGGACCUGGGGGAGCUCAAAAAGUUGGAAUACAUCUCUGAUGCAGCCUUUGUUGGCCUCGUCAAUCUACGGUACCUGAAUCUGGGUAUGUGUGGGCUCAAAGACAUUCCCAAACUGACUCCCCUUCUGCGCUUGGAAGAACUGGAGUUGUCAGGGAACCGUUUGGAGAUUAUUCGUCCUGGAUCCUUCCAAGGACUGGUGUCUCUUCGGAAGCUGUGGCUAAUGCACUCACAGGUUUCUGUCAUUGAGCGCAAUGCUUUUGAUGACCUAAAAAGCCUGGAGGAGCUCAAUCUGUCCCAUAAUUCCCUGCAUUCCCUGCCUCAUGAUCUUUUCACACCCCUUCACCAGCUGGAGAGGGUGCACCUCAAUCAUAAUCCUUGGGUCUGCAACUGUGAUGUACUUUGGCUUAGUUGGUGGUUGAAGGAAACGGUACCCAGCAACACCACCUGCUGUGCCCGCUGCCAUGCUCCUCCAGUCCUGAAGGGCAAGUACAUCGGAGAACUUGACCAGAGUCAUUUCACCUGCUUUGCUCCUGUCAUUGUGGAGCCUCCUACUGACCUCAACGUCACUGAAGGGAUGGCUGCUGAGCUGAAGUGUCGCACAAGUACUUCUACAACCUCCGUUAACUGGAUUACGCCCAACGGCACGCUAAUGACCCAUGGGUCUUACCGGGUGCGGAUAUCUGUUCUGCAUGAUGGCACACUGAACUUCACAAAUGUCACCUUGAGAGAUACAGGCCAGUACACCUGCAUGGUUACUAAUGCUGCUGGAAACACCACUGCUACUGCUGUCCUCAAUGUUACUGCUGCUGAUGCCAGUGUCAACUACACCUUUUUUACAACUGUUACUGUGGAAACCGAUAAUGGAGGAGCUAAUGAUUAUGCACAGGUUGCCAUUGAUGAGACCACCAUUCCCAUUCCGUCUGACCUGUUGUCAGAAGUAGUUCCUACCACCGAAUCCCCUCGGACUCUUGGCUGUUCAUCCUCCUCUGCACUAGCAACCCUACCUACUUUCACUGUGCCGUUCACGGAGCCAGGCUUCUCUGGCCUGGAUGACGUGAUGAAGACCACCAAGAUCAUCAUUGGCUGCUUCGUAGCUAUCACCUUUAUGGCAGCAGUGAUGCUGGUGGUGUUCUACAAGCUGAGGAAGCAGCAUCAGCUGCACAAACAUCAUGGUCCUGCACGUGCCAUUGAGAUCAUCAAUGUGGAGGAUGAACUAGGGCCCGGGGCCAGUGGGCGGGGCAGUGGAAUAUCCGGAGGUUCCACUGUAACACAAAGCGCAGGAAGUGGAAUGGGAGGGGGCCAGAGUCUCAGGUUGCACCAUCCAGAGAUUGUGAACCUACCCAACCUGGCUCGAUCAGAGCACCUCAACCACUACUACAAAACACAUCACUUCAACAGCAACAUGAUGGGCCUGGGAAUGGGCACAGGGUCAGGUGUGGGCCUCAACAACAACAACCCCUCGCCGUGCUCUCAGUCACAGAGCAUAUCCUGCUCCCAGGUUCCACCCAGCACUGGUGGAGGGAUGUCCACUGGUGGCACUCUGCCCUCCACCGUAGGCUUGCCUCAAUUGGGUCUACACAGUUCUCUGAAAGGCCUGAUGGGAAAAGGCCAGAACGAGCCACUACUUUUUAAGAGUGGCUCAAAGGAAAAUGUGCAAGAGACUCAAAUCUAAAAAAAGGUAGACGUCUGAAGAAAGACAGAGUCGAUGCUAAAGAGAAUGAGCAAGUGACUAUUUGAAAGUGAUUGUAGCCCAAUGUCCUUAUGGACAAAUUUCAGAAAGGAUAUACAUAACCUUUAUUUUGUGGUGGCCCUUUGCUACCAGAUAGUAAGACAAAAGGAGACAGUAGACCAAUCCCACCAACAGCAUUCGCACAGUCCCAGAUGUCAGAAUUACUCAUUGUGUGCAGCUUGAUAUGGUCUUUGCCAAAGCUCAAGAUUAAGCCUUUUCUCUCAGCGGACAGAGAUGAACAAUGCACACGUGCAGUGAACCCUUCAAGGAUGUAUACAGAUUGCUUCAUAUAUUUCCAGAUGCAUUCAGUGUAUAUAUUUGGAGGGAGACAUAAUAUUGGCCAUUGAACAUGUUGUCAGAUUAGUGUUUGGCAAAGGCAGAGAAUAACAAACAAUGAUUUGUGUGAGCGAAGUGGAGCUUUCCCAGGUUUUCAGGAAAACACGGAUGAGGCGAAAUAAGAGCAGAGCAGCCAGACUGAUUGGAAUAUCGGAACAACAAAAAGUGAUUUUGCUCCUCUCUUUAUCAGUUUUUUUUAUUUUACACUUUACUGGUUACUGUCUUCUUUGGAAGAGUGGAAAUAUCGUGAAGAAAUAAAGGACAAGAAUUAGAGAGAUAUAUAAAAAGAACUGAAGACGCAUAUUAUAUAUACCGUAAAUAUAUUUUCAUUCAAAUAAAUAAUUAUGAAGCUAAUGAGUGACCACUACGACAACUGAAGAAUAUAUAUAUAUAUAUAUAUAUAUCUAUAUAUAUAUAUAUAUAUAUAUAUAUAUAUAUAUAUAUAUAUAUAUAUAAACAAUUUUGAAAACUAGCCCAAGUCCUGUCACAACUUUUCCGAACUUCCGAAAAGAAAGGCGACUGACUGCUCUUCUUCUGGAUACACGUGAAAGAGCGGAGCUACAAAGCAAACCUGACAAAGUGAUGAAAAAGAAAUUAUUUUGGUCUUGAAUUUUUUUGUAGCCACAACUGUUUUCCCCAGAAACAGGGUCCUUUGAGAUGGGAGAUCUUUUACUCUCUGCUGCAAAACCAUGAAACACAACAGGAGCUUUUAAUGUUUUA